AGACCAGCUUGGGCAACAUAGGGAGACCUCGUCUCUACAAAAAUGAAAAAAUUAGCCAGGCAUGGUGGUGCAUUUGCCUGUGGUCCCAGGCUACUUCGGCGGCUAAGGUGGCAGGAUCACAUGAGCCUGAGAGGUCGAGGCUGCAGUGAAUUGUGAUCAUGUCACUGCACUCCAGCCUGGAUGACAGAGUGAGACCUGUCAAUCAGCAUAAAAUUCUCAAUUUCUAAGAUUUUUUAAUAUAAAAAGCAAGUAGUAACAGAUCAUGUUAUUUAUGAAUUGUGAUCAGUAAACCCCCGAAUAUCUACUUAUUUAGUCCUACUGUAUCAAAUAUCAUCAUCAGUGUUACAUAACCAACAUUAGGGUAUUGAAUAACAUCAAUAUCAAUUAACAUUUUAAUUCGAAUUUUGAAUUAUUAGGCUUUUAAGUCAUCUACAAAUUGAUUGGCAAUUGAACUUUAUCAUUUGUUUAGUUUGCUGCUAAAUGAAACCGUUCAAUACUUUUUCUAAUAGUAAAAACAUACUGAAGAUGAGAAGCACUUGUUUAGAAAAAAUAUGUAAAUAUAUAAAAUGUAAUAGCCUGGAAAUCAAUCAUCAGAAAAUUGGAACUGAUUCCAUUUGUAAGAACAGAAACAUAAAAUAAGUUUUAAACUUAUCAAACUUUUAUUUUAAAAUUAUUGUAAACCUCAAUGUAGGUUAUAAAGGAAGACUUGAAUGAAUGGAAAAACACACCAUACUUCCUGGGAUGAAAAGACUCGAUGCUGGGCCUUGCAGACAUUUGUAUACAUAGAGGAAACUGUUUUCAAAGCUGAGCUGCACUUUUGGCCCCCUCAAGAGUGGCAAAAAUAAAAGCCAAGCCCAGGGCCUCCAGAAGUGAGAUCUCUGCCAACAAAUGGAAUUUUCUUGAGCAUGUUUCUAAUUGUUUUGCCAUUGGAAUCCAUGGCUCAUGGGCUCUUCCAUGAAUUGGGUAACUGUUUAGGAGGAACAUCUGUUGGAUAUGCUAUUGUGAUUCCCACCAACUUCUGCAGUCCUGAUGGUCAGCCAACACUGCUUCCCCCAGAACAUGUACAGGAGUUAAAUUUGAGGUCUACUGGCAUGCUCAAUGCUAUCCAAAGAUUUUUUGCAUAUCAUAUGAUUGAGACCUAUGGAUGUGACUAUUCCACAAGUGGACUGUCUUUUGAUACGCUGCAUUCCAAACUGAAAGCUUUCCUCGAACUUCGGACUGUGGAUGGACCCAGACAUGAUACGUAUAUUUUGUAUUACAGUGGGCACACCCAUGGUACAGGAGAGUGGGCUCUAGCAGGUGGAGAUACACUACGCCUUGACACACUUUUAGAAUGGUGGAGAGAAAAGAACGGUUCCUUCUGUUCCCGGCUUAUUAUCGUAUUAGACAGCGAAAAUUCAACCCCUUGGGUGAAAGAAGUGAGGAAAAUUAAUGACCAGUAUAUUGCAGUGCAAGGAGCAGAGUUGGUAAAAACAGUAGAUAUUGAAGAAGCUGACCCGCCACAGCUAGGUGACUUUACAAAAGACUGGGUAGAAUAUAACUGCAACUCCAGUAAUAACAUCUGCUGGACUGAAAAGGGACGCACAGUGAAAGCAGUAUACGGUGUGUCAAAACGGUGGAGUGACUACACUCUGCAUUUGCCAACGGGAAGCGAUGUGGCCAAGCACUGGAUGUUACACUUUCCUCGUAUUACAUAUCCCCUAGUGCAUUUGGCAAAUUGGUUAUGCGGUCUGAACCUUUUUUGGAUCUGCAAAACUUGUUUUCGGUGCUUGAAAAGAUUAAAAAUGAGUUGGUUUCUUCCUACUGUGCUGGACACAGGACAAGGCUUCAAACUUGUCAAAUCUUAAUUUGGACCCCAAAGCGGAAUAUUAAUAAGCACUCAUACUACCAAUUAUCACUAACUUGCCAUUUUUUGUAUGCUGUAUUUUUAUUUGUGGAAAAUAUCUUGCUACUUCUGUAGCUGCUCUCACUUUGUCUUUUCUUAAGUAAUUAUGGUAUAUGUAAGGUGUUGGGAAAAAACAUUUUAUAAUGAAAGUAUGUAGGGAGUCAAAUGCUGACUGUAAAUGCAUAAGAGAUGUUAAAAAUAACACUGCACUUUCAGGAAUGUUUGCUUAUGGUCCUGAUUAGUAAGAAAACAGUUGUCUGUGCUCUGCAGUGGCCAGUGAUGAAUUACUAAUGCCUUAUUUUCUAGGCAUAUAAUAGUUUAGAGAAUGUAGACCAGAUAAAUUUGUUUACUGUUUUAAGAAAACUACCAGUUUACUUACAGAAGAUUCUUUUUUCCAAACAGUAGGUUUCAUCCAAGACCAUUUGAAGAACUGCAAACUCUUUCUCUUAGAAAACAAAGAGGGCUGCCUAAAAUAAACACAAAAUUUGCUUCUACUCCAUCACAUUCAGACGUCUUGGUUGUGACCUAUUACCAGUGUAGCAGAGAACCCAAGUUACAUUUUAGAUCAAAACAUUGUUUAUGUAGGUAUUGUUAAAAGGCUAGCGCCUACAAAUUGCCCUUUCAUGCAUUGGUCAGGGGGCCCUGAAAACACUGGUAAUAUUAAGAGUCUUUCUCAGGGUAACUUAAUGUUUUCUUAAUGAACAAUGUUUCCAGCUACAAAUUCUUCCAAUAAACUGUCUUCCUUUUUGAAAAGUACUCUCAUAGAAUAAAUUUAGCAAUUUCUCAUUUACUGACUCAAUCUGUUUUGAGUAUUCAGAAAAGAUUUUGAUCCCUAUUGAGUUAAUGCUCUGCCAUGAAAAUUAUUUUUCUGAUCCUUGUUAGUGAUAACAUUUUUUUUCUACUGAAGGUCAAAGGAUAGGAAACAAGUCAUUUCUCUUCUUGUAUACAUGUAAUGUAUUAUGUAAAAAAGUAUUCAUAUUGGCAAUUUUAGUUAGGCAUAAUAGUGUGGUUGUAAUUUUUAAAACUUAGUGUUUGUCUGAUUAAAGCAGGCACUGAUCAGGGUAUCUCCUAAGAGGUAAUUCACUUCUAAUUCCUUUCCAAUAAUUAUUACAUUCUAAAUUUUCAUCUAUGAGAAAUAACAAGAAGGGAACAGAAUUAAAUUGGAGAAUAAUCUAAUCUUCAUUGUUUAAAUGGUUUGACUUCUCACCAUUGAAGCCAUUUUUUCUAGCCUCAGAAAGAGGAAAUAAUGCCUCCACCAUUUUCUACCUGGUGACUUGAAAAUUGAACUUUUCAGUUAGGAAGAAGAGUCGGGGAACUUGUAUACCACUAUCUAUGCAGCAUUGUUAUAGUCUGAUUAUUUCUGUGUUUUGAGUAUGAUUUUCCUAAUGCUCUAAAUAAAAUUUUGUUAAAAAUUAAUUUUUCAUUUAAUGUGCAAAUAUUGAAUAGUAUAUUAAAAGUGGUGGUCAUUAAAAAUGCCCAUGUUUUAGAGUUCACGUUUGAAAGUUUCCAAUAUAGGUUAAGGAUUUAUAUUAGCACUGUCCAAACAGUAUAGUUUUUUUUAUUGUUCUGUUCAGCAGUAGUGUAGUAGAAAAGCCAAAUGUUAAAAUUGUGAGCUUUUAGCUUAAAAAAAGUUAAUGGUAAGUAAAAUCUCCUUUUAGAUUUCUCAGCUCUUUGUGAGCGAGUUAGCUUUAACUAAAGCAUUAUCUCUUCACUGUAACAAAGUCAAAUACAAAAGUAUAUUCUGCAUUCUUUAUAAGGUAGUAUUAAGGUGGUACUAAAAAUUACAUUCUAAAAACAGCUGACAGUUUGACAGCCACAAACCUAACUUUUUGAUAUGUAUUUUCUGUGAAAGUAAAACCAAAAAUGAUCUUUGGGCCAAGAAUGUGACUUGAGCCAAUUCGUUAACCAAAAAUUUAUAGAAUAUCCACUUUGAUGAAUUCUCCUACCCAAACAAACAAAAAACUAUAAAUGACUUUUUGGGAUGGUAGCACAAAGCUGACAUUUUAAAAACAAUAACGAAGAGUGUAGAAAACAAAUAUUACAAGAAGGAUAAAGUGAUUGGUUACUUUCACCUAAAGAUUAAAAAAUAGAUCUGACAAUUAAUGAGACUAAUUUGUCCAUGGCUGUCAAGUUUAAGAAAGAGUUGCUUGGAGUGAAAGGAAUUCUUUUAGGGUGAAACUUUACCGUUCUAUUAAAAAGAAAGAGGUAACUUGGAGAUAUUUUUCAACAUAAUUUUAAUAUUUGUUUCCUCGUGUGAUACCUUGCUAAAACCACAAAACCACUAGCCUCUAAAAACAUCUUUUAAAAUUGUGUACACACUGUUGCAAAAUAAAUAAGGAGCCAAGUUCUUUCUCUCCCCAUGACUUUUCAGUUAUACUGUCAUUUUAUUAAAAAAUGUUUAGUUUGCUGUUACCUAAACUCUUCCCUAGACUACUUGGGGUUAUAUUUCCAUAGAAUUCCAUCUUGCUCUUAAUAAAUUCAAAAUUCUUUGGAAAA